CUCAACACAGAUAACACAGGUACAUCAUCAUGGACCUGAAGGACCAGGGCGCUCAGAUGGAGCCGCUGCUUCCCACGGUAAUAACACCCUCCAGAGGAAGAAGUGUGAGAGGUGAUGAAGAGGCAGUGGUGGACCGAGGAGGCACUCACUCCAUGUUGAAGGCUAAUGUAGAACAGGAGGAAGUAGAAGGUCACAGGACUUUGUAUAUCGGGGUGCAUGUCCCUUUGGGGCGCCGAACUCAUAGACGCCACCGCCACCAUGGCCACAGACACAGAAAGCGAAGCAGGGAAAGGGAUUCUGGAGUAGGUGAUGGACGAGAAUCUCCAGCAUAUGACACACCUUCUCAGAGGGUCCAGUUUCUGUUAGGAACUGAGGAUGAUGAUGAAGAACACAUUCCACAUGAUCUGUUCACUGAGCUUGAUGAAAUCUGUCUGCGGGAUGGAGAGGAUGCUGAGUGGAGGGAGACUGCCAGAUGGCUGAAGUUUGAGGAAGAUGUGGAGGAUGGUGGGGAGAGGUGGAGUAAACCCUACGUAGCAACACUCUCUUUGCACAGCCUGUUUGAGCUACGUAGCUGCAUUAUUAAUGGCACUGUGCUGCUUGACAUGAGGGCCAACUCUCUAGAAGAGAUUGCAGAUAUGGUGUUGGACCAACAGGAAGCAAUGGGAGAGCUUGGUGAGGAAGUUAGGAGGAAAAUCCGAGCAGCUCUGCUUAAGCAGCACCACCACCAGAACCAGAAAAAGCUGGCUAACCGCAUUCCUAUAGUACGCUCUUUUGCUGACAUUGGCAAAAAACAGUCAGAAUCUAACUGCAUGGACAAAAAUGGCCAGAUGAUGGUACCACCAUCCCAGCUCAGUGCACAUGACCCCAAGCCAGAUGUGACAAGAGACAGCAGUUCUGUAGAUUUCAGUAAGAUAGACCUCCACUUUAUGAAAAAGAUCCCUGCUGGAGCUGAGGCAUCUAAUAUUUUGGUAGGAGAGCUGGAGUUUUUGGACAAACCUGUAGUAGCAUUUGUGCGUCUCUCUCCUGCUGUUCUUCUUAAUGGUCUAGCAGAGGUCCCCAUAACCACCAGGUUCCUCUUUAUUCUUCUGGGGCCUCUUGGUAAAGGACCGCAGUACCACGAGAUCGGUCGGUCCAUCGCAACUCUGAUGACUGAUGAGGUUUUCCAUGAUGUUGCGUAUAAAGCGAAGGACCGCAAUGACCUCAUUGCUGGAAUCGAUGAGUUUCUUGACCAAGUAACUGUCCUGCCUCCUGGAGAAUGGGAUCCAUCCAUCAGAAUUGAGCCACCAAAAAAUGUCCCCUCUCAGGAGAAGAGAAAAAUCCCUGCUGUCCCCAACGGCGAGCUGGCAGAGACUGAGGAACAUGGGGGGCAUGGAGGCCCUGAGCUUCAGCGCACCGGGAGGCUGUUUGGUGGCCUCAUCCUGGAUGUGAAGCGCAAGGCACCACAUUACCUGUCUGAUUACACAGACGCCAUCAGUCUGCAGUGUGUGGCUUCUUUCCUCUUUCUGUACUGUGCCUGCAUGUCUCCAGUCAUCACGUUUGGAGGUCUGCUGGGAGAGGCCACAGAGGGGCGUAUUAGUGCAAUUGAGUCUUUGUUUGGUGCUUCAAUGACUGGGAUUGCCUACUCCCUGUUUGCCGGGCAGCCUCUCACCAUCCUCGGCAGCACGGGUCCUGUCUUAGUGUUUGAGAAGAUUUUAUUCAAAUUCUGCAAGGAGUAUGGGCUGUCUUAUCUAUCACUGAGGACAUGCAUCGGCCUUUGGACUGCUUUUCUCUGUCUUGUGCUGGUGGCUACAGAUGCCAGUUCACUUGUUUGCUACAUCACUCGCUUUACAGAGGAAGCCUUUGCCUCACUUAUCUGCAUUAUUUUUAUCUACGAGGCCUUGGAGAAGCUGAUCCAUCUUGGUGAGACCUACCCCAUCAACAUGAACAACAAGCUGGAGAAACUCACCACCUAUUCUUGUGCUUGUAUUGAACCAAUCAACCCCAGCAAUGCCACCCUGCAGUACUGGGAGCAGAACAACAUCACGGCAUCUGAGAUCUAUUGGGAGGCUUUGGAGGUGCAGGACUGUAUAGAUAAGAAAGGGGUGUUUGUAGGUUCGGCGUGUGGUCCACAUGGUCCCUACAUUCCUGAUGUGCUCUUCUGGUCUGUGGUGCUCUUCUUCUCCACUGUGGCCAUGUCUGCUUUUCUUAAAGAAUUCAAGACCAGUCGAUACUUUCCUACUAAGGUCAGAGCCGUCAUCAGUGAUUUUGCUGUGUUUUUUACCAUUCUGACCAUGGUUUUGUUGGACUACGCUUUAGGCGUUCCCUCUCCCAAACUGCAGGUCCCCAACAAGUUUAAGCCAACACGAGAUGACCGAGGCUGGUUUGUAAACCCUUUGGGUCCGAACCCCUGGUGGACGUGUAUCAUUACGUUUAUCCCUGCUCUUCUCUGUACCAUCCUGAUCUUCAUGGAUCAGCAAAUUACUGCCGUUAUCAUCAACAGGAAGGAGCACAAGCUAAAGAAAGGCUGCGGUUACCACCUGGAUCUCUUUGUGGUGGGUGUGAUGCUGGGAGUGUGUUCAUUGAUGGGGCUGCCCUGGUUUGUGGCAGCAACAGUCCUCUCCAUCACCCAUGUAAACAGCCUGAAGCUGGAGUCAGAAAGCUCAGCCCCGGGAGAACAGCCCAAGUUCCUGGGCAUCCGGGAGCAGCGCUUCACUGGCCUCAUGAUUUUCCUUCUUAUGGGAUGUUCCGUCUUCAUGACUUCCGUCCUCAAGUUUAUUCCUAUGCCAGUGCUGUACGGUGUGUUUCUUUACAUGGGAGCGUCAUCAUUACGAGGAAUACAGUUCUUUGAUAGAUUAAGGCUGUUUGGGAUGCCAGCAAAGCACCAGCCAGACUUUAUCUACCUGCGUCAUGUUCCUCUGAGGAAGGUCCACCUGUUCACUAUAGUUCAGCUCAGCUGCCUGAUGCUGCUCUGGAUCAUCAAAACCUCCCGCGCCGCCAUCGUCUUUCCCAUGAUGGUUCUCGCUCUGGUUUUCAUUCGAAAGCUGCUGGACUUUUUCUUCACAAAGCGAGAACUGAGUUGGCUGGAUGAUCUCAUGCCUGAAAGUAAGAAAAAGAAACUGGAGGAUGCAGAGAAAGAGGAGGAGCAAAGCAUUCUGGCAGAGGAAGAAGGAGUAGUACAAAUGCCAUUGGAGGGACAUUGCAAGGAUGAUCCUUCUGCUGUGAAUAUUACUGAUGAGAUGUCUAAAGCCUCCUUUGGAAACACUUGGAAGUCUGUCAGCUCUGACGUCUCCAAGAAGUGAUCCAGAUUAAAAAAGUUGUGUUUUCCUGAUAGUUUACACGGACCUGACAGCAGCAGUGAAAUGAAGAA